AGUGAGCGUGUAACUGAGAGUAAUAAUGGCUUUGAUCUCAACUACCAACGUGUUCAACCUUGCGAGUUUUCAGCUCAAACAAACUGAAAUUCCUUUUUCAACUUUCAGCGUCAUUCGCAAGCGUUUCGGAGAUUGUCCUAACCGCAAUGCGGUGCUUCUAAGAACCAGAAGAAACGCUCCGAUUCUUCCCAAAGUCCGAGCUCAGAAUCUUCCUGACUACGUUCCGGAUUCCAAGUUUUACAAAAUUGAAGCGAUUAUCAGGUCAUGGAGAAUUCCUCAUGUUUCUUCGGCUUUGUUGAGAAUGGGAAUUCGUGGGGUCACUGUAUCUGAUGUCAAGGGGUUUGGUGCUCAGGGUGGUACGAAAGAGAGGCAUGAAGGCUCUGAAUUUUCUGAAGACAGUUUUGUUGUCAAAGUUAAAAUGGAAAUAGUAGUGAGGAAAGACCAGGUUGAGGCGGUACUAGACAAAAUUUUGGAGACAGCAAGGACUGGGGAGAUUGGUGAUGGCAAAAUUUUCUUGAUGCCAGUAUCUGAUGUAAUAAGAGUUCGCACAGGUGAGCGUGCGGAAAAUGCUGAGAGGAUGGCUGGUGGAAUGACUGAUAUGUCAUCUGUUUGAACGAAAGAUUAGCAUUUGCAAUCUGGUUCUCAUACCAUUUUGUUUCUCCCCAAUGGGUUGAUUACUAUGAUGUUUGUUUUGUGAAUAUUUUGCCUUUUCCUGUUAGAAACUUUAGAUGUCUGCAACAUAUAAGCACAGACAAUGUAUUUCACACAUGCUGAGUUGCUGAUAGUUAAUAAGACUUUGUUAAUAGUAUUUGAUUGUGAGACCAAUUUAGUCUUUUGUUUUUA